AUGGCGGCCGGGAAGAUCGAGGCGCCGCCGCUGGUACUGCCAACGGAGCAGGUGGACUUGAUACGAGCGACGUUCGCGUCUAAGAUUGAACCCGAUGUGUCUAAACACGCCCUCGAACUUUACCUCAACCCACAGGCGUUACAUCCUCCCUCCGCCCUCGUCAUCCCCUUCCCGCCUUUUCCAUCCUUUCCCCUUGCACAGCACAUCCCUCUCCCGCCUGUAUGGCUACGUGCCUCCUGCCUGCACAUCCCCAUUGCAUCAAACCGGCUUGCACCGAGGAACGUUCCCAUCCUCCCUCCUUUCUUGUCCAUCCUCCCACCACCUUGUCCAACACUAGGCUUUCCCCCUCCCUUCUCUCCCCCCUCCCUUCUCUCCCCCCUCCCUUCUCUCCCCCCAACCUUCUCUCCCCCCUCCCUUCUCUCCCCCAUCCCUUCUCUCCCCCCUCCCUUCUCUCCCCACUCCCUUCUCUCCCCCCUCCCUUCUCUCCCCCUUACCUUCUCUCCCCCCUCCCUUCUCUCCCCCCUCCCUUCUCUCCCCCUUCCCUUCCCUCCCCCCUCCCUUCUCUCCCCCCUCCCUUCUCUCCCCCCUCCCUUCUCUCCCCCCUCCCUUCUCUCCCCCCUCCCUUCUCUCCCCACUCCCUUCUCUCCCCCCUCCCUUCUCUCCCCCUUACCUUCUCUCCCCCCUCCCUUCUCUCCCCCCUCCCUUCUCUCCCCCUUCCCUUCCCUCCCCCCUCCCUUCUCUCCCCCCUCCCUUCUCUCCCCCCUCCCUUCUCUCCCCCCUCCCUUCUCUCCCCCCUCCCUUCUCUCCCCCCUCCCUUCUCUCCCCCCUCCCUUCCCUCCUCCCGUCCUUCCUCUUGACCACCACCACCUGCCAUCGCGACAAUCCGGCCUACACCAGGCGACUUCUGAGUUGCUGGCUGCUGGAGCUGAUUCCCGAGGCGAAACAAAUGUUCUCCAUGACGCGCCGAGCCAAGGAGCCGCACCGCGAGAACAAGCUGCUGCAGGCGCAUGCCACCACGGCCAUGCGCAUGGUGAGAGGAUGGUGUGCGUGUUGAGUGAAUGGCGCACGGUGAGUGGCAUGCGCAUGGUGAGUGACAUGCGCAUGGUGAGUGGCUUGCGCAUGGUGAGUGGCAUGCGCAUGGUGAGUGACAUGCGCAUGGUGAGUGACAUGCGCAUGGUUAGUGACACACGUAUGGUGUGUGCAGCAGCAGUGAAGCAGGAGACUUUUGAGUCGACUCAAGACGAGGUGUGUGCAGCAGCAGUGAAGCUGGACAAGCACAAGGAGAAGCUAAGAGCUGCCGUUGUGGCUGUGCUCUCAGAUGCCAUGGGGGAGGAGUGGGGAGGAGAUGUGGAGCAAGCCUGGGUGGCUGCUUACAAUGCCAUAGAUCACCGCGCGUUCGCCGUCGCCGCGGCGCUGCUGAUUGCGUGCACGUCGCCGCGUCCGGCGGCGGCGCAGGCGGACGGCGAGUGCUGGCCCGGGAACGUGCCGUGCCCGGGCGGGACGGGGUGUGUGCGAGCGGAUAAGCUGUGCGACGGCGUGUUCGACUGCGAAGACGGCAGCGACGACGGCUACGACUUCUGCCUCUCCUACGACUGCAGCAGCGUCGGCAAGACGUGGUGCUGCGAGGAUUAUCAAUGCCGCACGGAGAGCGCGUUCCCCUUACACACCCCCAAUCGCCCCAUCUCAGCAGCGACUGGCGGUCCUAGCUUGUUCCCCUUACACACCCCCAAUCUCCCUUCCUUCUCCCUGUGCCGCUGCCUACUUUCAGACGUAGAGCCGCGAGGGCUACAAAUGCCGCACUGGAGAGCGCGUACUGCGACCGAAACAAUGACUGCACGGACGGGAGCACGGGCACGCCUGCUCUCAUCUACCACCUCUCAUCUCCUCCGACUCUGUCCCCUCAUUCCUCUCACCUACCGCCAGACGUGGUGCCGCGAGGGCUACCAGUGCCGCCCGGUGGGCGCGUUUCUGCGAUCUCAGCAACGCCUGCUGCGGGCACUGCUGCCCGUCCCUUCCUGUCCCCUCUGCUCUCUCUCUCUCUCUCUCUCUCUCUCUCUCUCUCUCUCUCUCUCUCUCUCUCUCUCUCUCUCUCUCACUCUCUCACUCUCUCUCUCUCUCUCUCUCUCUCUCUCUCUCUCUCUCUCUCUCUCUCUCUCUCUCUCUCUCUCUCUCUCUCUCUCUCUCUCUCUCUCUCUCUCUCUCUCUCUCUCUCUUUUCCUAUCCAGAUGUGGUGCCGCGAGGGCUAUCAGUGCCGCACGGAGAGCGCGUACUGCGAUCUCAACAACGACUGCUGCCCUGCCGAGGCCGACGUGGUGCCGCGAGGGCUACCAGUGCCGGCCGGUGAGCGGCUACUGCGAUCUGAACAACGACUGCACGGACGGCAGCGACGAGGAGCCCGAGCAGUGCUACCCCUACUACAAGGACCUGCAGAAGGACCUGUGCGCCGCCAAGGGGCUGGUGCGGUGCCCCAACGACCCUGGGUACUGUAUCAGCCCUCAGGAGGUGUGCGACAGCAUCCCCCAGUGCUCCGACGGGUGGGACGAGCUCGACUGCUUCGACCACACGUGCCAGCCCGGCCAGAUCCACUGCCCCAUCACCGGCUACUGCGCAAAGGGCCGGCUGUGCGAUGGAACGCCGGAUUGCUUUGGGGAGAUGGGCGAGGAGGACGAGAACCCGGACUUCUGCCAGGGGUACGCGUGUCCAGCGGGAUGGAAGAAGUGUGCAGAUGGGUUGCAGUGCGUGGAGGCUAGUCGGUGGUGCGAUGGCGCUGUGAAUUGUUUGGAUGGGAGCGAUGAAGGGGCGGUUUGUGUUGUGCCUCCUCCUCCUCCUCCUCCGCCUGCUACUGGAGGAACUGUGACCAGCUCAGGUGGUUCUUCAGGUGGUUCAGGUGUUUCCAACAGCAGCAGCACUCCAGUUGUUUUGAGCAAGGAGGAGAUUGCGAAGCUGAAGAAGCUGGCUCAGGAGAAAAAGGCGGCAGCCGUGGCUGCCAAGAAGCAGAAGAUGGAAGCCAAGCGGGCGGCAGAAGAGGAGAAGACGAAGCAGCGGGCGGCCAAAAACGCUGCGAUUGAGGCAAAGAUCAAAGCUAAGGAGGAGAAAAAGGCUGCUGUUGCCGAGAAGAAAGCUGCUGCUGAAGCCAAGAAGAAGCAGCAGGCUGAAAAGGAAGCUGCAAUAGCGGAGAAGAAGAGGAAGCAGGAGGAGAAAGCUGCUGCGAUUGAGGCUAAGAAAAAGAAGGACGCCAAGAAGAAGGCAGCUAUUGAAGCCAAAAAGAAGCAGCAGGCUGAGAAGGAGGCAGCGAUUGCUGAGAAGAAGAGGAAGCAGGCAGAGAAGACUGCUGCUAUUGAAGCUAAGAAGAAGAAGCAAGCUGAGAAGGCGGCAGCAGUUGCAGCCAAGAACAAGGCAACCACCAAGUAA